GCAAAAUGAAAUGGGCAAAGUGCAUCAAUCGACAUUUAGGCACCUGCACCGCACUCGCACAGGCAGCAACAGCUAUCUAGUCUCGUAAGUUUUAUCUAGCUGAGCUCUGAGGCGUGGUCGUCGACACUUUUUUGUCCGAUUUCAAAGUAAUCUUGUCAGAAUAUUCGUCAUUUUUCUGCUGUAGCUGAAGUCAGAGUAAAGUAAGGAUGGCAGAUGAACCAGAAGCCGUGCCAGCUCAGGGGGAUGAGGUUGAUGAUGCGGCUGCCCUUACCCCCGGCUACAAAGCGCCCGAAUUCAAGAGCGUGCAGGCGAUUCAAGAGCUGGACGCCGAUGACGAAAGCCUGGUCAAGUACAAGAAAGCUCUACUUGCUGGCGCUGAAAAUGUUCUAGAUGAAGGUGGACCAAAUGUACUUGUGAAGGCCAUGGUAUUUGCCCCAGUGAACCAUGCGGAAAUUCCUCUGGAUCUGACAGGUGAUCUUUCCAAAUUUAAGGGGAAGCCGUUUGUGGUUAAGGAAGGCAUCUCCUACAGGAUUCAAAUCAAAUUCAGGGUCCAACGUGAGAUUGUCUCUGGUCUGCGGUAUGCUUACACCGUGUACAGAAAGGGCCUCAAAGUGGACAAGGGCAAUCUGAUGGUAGGGAGUUACGGACCCCUAACAGACCAACACGUCUUCAAGACUCCUGUGGAGGAGGCACCCUCGGGCAUGUUAUUGCGUGGCACCUACAUAGUCAAGAGUAGAUUCACGGACGAUGACAAAAACAUCUACCUGGAGUGGGAUUGGAGUUUUGCCAUUAAGAAAGAUUGGGAAUAGGAUUAUGGUGACAUUUCCUACUAAGAAGUAGUCUAUUUGAAGCAAGGUACUUCAUGCUCUGGUUUGGUCUUUUUUUGGGGGGGGGAUAAUCAUGGAUGUGAUAUUAUUGAAUUUAUAUUAUCUUCAGACACUUCCUGAGCCACUAUUUCCUUUUCGUCUGGUGUGAUUACAUGUACAGUGCAAAGCAUUAUACAAAUAUAACAUGGUUUAAGGGUGGGCAGUCGAUAUUCGCUCCCCGAUGUAUUGGAAGUUGGUAAACUACUCGCCUCGGGAAUUAGUUUGUCAACUUUCAAUACCAAGAAGAGCUAAUAUCGGCUGUCCACCCGAAAUAAACCAUGUUAUAUUUGUUUUACUACAUCUCAUACAUAUUCAGCUGCCGAUUUUGUUUUCGUUGCAGUAUGCAUCUAAAACAAAAUCUUUGGAGAAACUUGUUGCACGGGUAAACUGUCGCAUGGGUAAACUGUCGCAUGGGUAACCCUUCGCAUGGGUAACCCGUGCGACAGUCUACUACGCAUACGUAUUUACCCUUUGCGUUAAUACUCGCGUGCGCUUGGUAAACAGCAAAAAUAACAUCUGGCACGUGAUGGUGAAUUGACCAGUGAGAGUUCGGCUUUCAAUCAUGAAUAUGUAUGAGGCAUAGUAAAAUGAGUUGUAAAAUGGACAAAACAAAAGAAUCUACACAUCCAUGCAUACCCAUCCAUCUCUCUGUCGUGCCACGCUGCUUGUUCCAGAUGCACACGUCAUUCAUAUGUGCGUGCAUGUUGGACAUUGAUUAUGGCUGGUCAGAUAUCAUAAAGCAGUGCUGAGUGGAUCUGUCUAUUGGCUAAAAAUCAGAUGGCGUCUUGUCCAUUGAGCAGUGCUUUGCGCCAACUUAUGUCACGUUUCAAAUGUUCUUGAGUCUGGUUUAAAAAAAUGCAACAGUUGGAUCAAACCAGCAAAAACUGUUCUUUCCGUGCCAAAUUACCUCUUUUGAAUUGUACCCAAAAGUACUGUAAAGUCACUUUACUAUCUCGAGGUAAGAUUUUUAAUCAGAAUAGACCCUUUACACGGUGCGCCAUGACAGUAGUCAGGUUUUGUUAUUUAAAUGCAGUUACAAUGAAAGCACAAAGUGCCUUAUCAAGUAUGUCACACAGGAACAAAGACGUGCCCACUGUCAUGGACACUGCGCAAAGGGUUUAUAUGUUAAUUAAAUGAUAUGACACAACAUUUAAACAAAUAUAAUUGAUUUUUCCCCCGAGUUAAUUUUUUUUUCCGAAGGUUUUGGAAGGAAGAUGUAAUUGUGGCAUUAGUCGGCAUUGUCAAAUGAUGAUUUUUAAAAUCCAUGAGUAUGAGUGGAUGGCUAUCAUGUACAGAACAUGAAAAAAAAAGGCAUUAAAGCUAAUUUGUUUUGUGACAGCAGUGCCUUUUCUUAAAAUUUACAUGAACAAUUCAUCAUGGUUGUAUUUGCUGUAAUCACUUAUAAUUAUUAUAAGUUACUGUGGGAAUUCAUGAUAUAGCAUGCAGGCUUUGUUGUAUCUAUGCAGUGUAAUUAGUCUUUUAGAUGUCUAUUUUGCCAGAGAUAUAGAUACUUUCUUUUGUUAUAUUUCUAUUGCUUGGAGUUAAGUUUAAUUUGUGGUUUCUGUUUUGUGAGCAUAAUAUUAUGUUUUAUUAGUUGCCGCUCAGAAUUUACACAGAAAUGUGUGGCAUGUUUCCAUUGUAGUCUGGUGCCUUCUGUGCUCGUCCAAUUCACAGAGAUUUUGACCAUACGCUUUGGGAACUUGGUAACAAAGCCACCAGCAUUACGACAGGUUCAUGCCACACUUCAGACAUGCUUUUUUAUCAGCGCUAGAAAGUUGGCUCUAAUUUAAGUAGAUGUCACAGUUCAGUUAAAUAAUAUCAUUGAAAUUGCUUUAAAAGUUUUGGCAUAAAUAUUAGGAUUUUGUGUAUACUAAUCUUAACAAAAUGAGGACCAAAAGGAUAUAUGCUAUUUGGACGCUUCUGCAUACUUCAGUAAUUCUCCGUUUCUAUUAUUGGAUUGGCGCUCACCUAUGGGCGUUUGUCCGUGAAGCCAACGAGGCAACGAGCCCAUAGAAGACUUCUGUGACUGGGCAGCGUUUAUAAGCCGCUUGCAUUUUGUACGCAGAUAGUAAUAGUAAGAUAAAUUCCACUACGCUAAUUUUGAAUCAAUAACAGGUACAAUGUAGAUUCAUUCCAUAUUGACACUUCAAUUUAAUCAUGUCUAUAUAUAGAAAGCAAUCUUGAUUCUAAAGUUUUGUAUAUCAUAAAUAAGUACUUCAGUAAAUGAGACAUUCCCACGUAAUUUCCAGUAUGGGUCAGUAAUUAGUAGCAGUUCAACUUUGGCAGAGGAAGUUUAGAGGGGUGUUUUGUUUUAUUUGUUUUUAAAACAAAAUCCUACUUGAAAAUGUCAAGAAGUUCAAUUUUCCAAUGAAAUCGAAGUAUCACCUGCAAAAUUUAACUUCAUCUUAUAUUGCCAAACUACAUUAAGCUGUGUCUGUAUAGGAAUUUGACAAAGUGCCCAUCAUGUGCUUAACAAAAAACAAGUCGUCGUCUAAGUUACUCAGUAAAAUGUGGACAUUUCAUGUUGUGGACAUUUACUACUAUAUCCAUUGUGCCUUUAAUUUUGAAAAUAAUUCCAAGUAAAUGGUUCAGGUUUUCUGUGCCUCUUUUGUUAGAUCAUAUUGCUUAAUCGGAUGCAGUCGCAAAUGAGAAAAAAAAGUCAAAAUGUCUGCCGUUCUAUACUCGCAAUAAAUUCUUCAGUUUGGUACAUGAAUCAUGCAUGGAUGAUUAAAUAAUAAUGGUUUUAUAUUA